AGGUCGGCGCCGUUGGCCUUGAGCUUGGUGUCGAAUGUUGGAAAUAAACACGUCAUGGUGUAUUCCUGGCGUGGUUGAGUCAGUGUGUGUGUGUGUCGUGCUGCUGCAUGUGUGCGUCGUGUGCGUUCUGUUAGUUUGAUUGAGUCGUGAUCGCGAGUGCAUGGCUGCUGCAUGGUUGUUUGCAUGGCCGUUGCAGUGUUGAUCGAGUCGUGGGAGUGCGUGGUGUGCGUGGCGUCGGUUCUUGCGGAGGAAGCCGCGUCGUCCGGGCGAGCGUGUGGCUCACGGCGACGUCGAGCGGGUUCUGCGGAACGUGGCGCAAUGGCCGGCAUGGAGGCUAGCUCCCGGUGUGUCACCGGUCUAUAAGAGGCCCCUGUACUCCUUCGUUGUUUCUUUGCAAGGUUCAGUGAGGAAUAAAGCCAAGAUACAGGAGCGAUCGGCUCCGCGGCGUUCGUCGCUGUAAAAUCCAUUGUUCAUCGUCUCCCUCACCGGCGUUUGUGUUCGUGAGUGUGAGAGUGUUCCUGGGCUGAGCCAACAUCGAAGUCAGCAACUCCAUCUCCAAGGUUCUCUGGAUGGCCACCCUCAGCCCCACCUCGCUGCCCAACUGGAACAGGAUGCGGAUCUCGGUGAACACCAUCACGCAGAACCGCGCCAAGUCGCUGCGGCGGCUGCUUGCGUCACUGCGGAACACGUACUACGUCGACGACGAGGUGGUGCCGAUCAGCUUCAACAUGGACAGCCGCGUCGACGCGGCGACGCUGAACGCCGUCAACUCCUCCGACGCUGAACCAGUACUAAUGUGAUUCACUCCACCUGACUGACAUUGCUCAAAGUUGAGCAACAAGACUUGUCCAUCGUGAUGAACCUGCUUGUCAGCAACACAGUUGUACCGGAUGAGCUACAGAACACUGUCAAGACCAAGGAGGUUAAGCAGACUAAGGAAGGAAGACCUGUUAGGCACCGAGUAUGUAAUCCUAGAGUGAGUGGGCCGGAAUGGGCCAUAUGAGCACCAUGUCCAGGCUGUCGAUAGUUGCGUGUGAGAGAGAAAGCAUCUUAAAACUAACUCUGUAUUCAUUUGGAUGAGUUGAGGAUGAACUAGGCGGCGAAGGCGGCGGCGGCAUCAACCCUGUCGGGUUGGUGAAAUCCAUCUGUGUGUGUGUAUCGUUGUUCUGUUUGGGCGAUUCUUCCUCUGUCCUUGGGGGUAGUUAACAAAUUGGUAUCAGAGCCUUGCCGAAAUUUUUUCCUCCUCUUGAUUUUGCUGUAAUUCCUGGGUGAGGUGGGAAUUUGUUGCUUCGGCAACUAUAUUCCGCAAAAGCUUCGGCUCCCUCAACUAGGUCGGCGAGAUCUCGAGCGAGUUCGUCAAUCACGGCGUGCUACGACAAGCCUCGCUACGUGACCAAGCAAGCGGCCAAGAUCAUGGAUUAGGAAAGUAAGCUCGAUCUCUUGUUGAGGAAGAUGGAGGAGGUGGAGAAGAAACGGGAGGAGAGUGAGAAGCAUCGGGAGCUGUCGGAAGAGAAGAGCCGAUCUGAGUUUUUGGCUCUCAAAGUGGCGGUGGAAUCCCGAAUGCCGGUGGUGGAGAAGCGCGUGGAUGAUUUGCACGUUUCGGUGGUGGGACUCCAAGAUCAAGUCGACAAACUCCAGUCCUUGGUGCAGCAGCCACCUCGUCCUUCCCCUUCUUCUCCGGGUUCGCCCGAUGGUAUGCAAACUCCGCCCCAAUUUACUUCGCUCCCCUCUGCUCUGGAACAGUCUGCGUUUGCCUCUGCUCUUUUGGGUGCUUCGGGAAUUGGGGGUAAUGUUCCACCUAUGUCUUGUCCGCAAUUCAAUGGUGAUAGUCGUCAGCUCUGGAAGAGUAAUUGCGAGGAGUACUUUGAGGUUUAUGGUGUUCAUCCUAAGAAUUGGGUGUGUGUGGCUGGACUGAAUUUUACUGGCAACGCUGCUUUUUGGUUACAAUCGGUGCGUUCCAAACUGGUCGGGGUUACUUGGCAAGAGUUCUUUGAUCAAGUUUGUCUUCGUUUCACUAAGGAUAGGCAGAAGGUCUUGAUUCGGCAGUGGUUUCACAUUGUUCAGGAUUCUUCAGUUUCUGAUUAUGUGGAGAAAUUCGAUGGUAUUAUGCAUCAGUUGUUGGCUUAUGAUAGUUCUUUGCCUCUGAAUUAUUUUGUUACCAAGUUCGUGGAAGGACUGAGGAAAGACAUUAGAUCUGGAGUUUUGAUGCAGAAACCUCAAGAUUUGGAUACAGCGUGUUCGUUGGCUUUUUUGCAAGAGGAAAUACUAGAAGGAAGUCACCCUGCUGUGUACAGGAAACCUGAGCCGAUUUUGUUGUCUAAAAAUUUUGCUCGCCAACCUGCACCUGUUUCUCCUGUGUCCAACCAUCCUCAAGGUUCUGUGUUGGAGGAUAGGAAACAGUCUGAAUUCUCACAGUCUCGCUCUGAUAAGUUUUCUGCCUUGAAAUCCUACAAGCGUGCUAAAGGCCUUUGUUUCACGUGUGGUGAGCAUUGGAGCAGAGAGCAUAAGUGUGGCUCCUCGGUUCAGUUACAUGUUGUUCAGGAACUUUUAGCUGCGUUGCAGGACGAUCAGUUAAACCAUGAGUCCGUCGAUACUGUAUCUGAACCUGUAGAACCAGUUUUUAUGGCUAUUUCUUAUCAGGCUGUUACUGGUACUGAAUCCUUGACUUCUUUUCGGUUAAAUGGCUGGGUACAGGGGUAUGAAUUACUCAUGUUAGUCGAUUCUGGUAGUUCUCAUUCCUUCAUUGAUAUUACUGUGGCACAAAAACUUCAGGGUAUCCAAUGUUUACAGCAUGUUGUUUCAGUUAAAGUUGCUGAUGGUGGUGUGAUAUCAUGCUCUCAGUAUAUUCCUGGUUGUGACUGGUGGACUCAGGGUCAAAUUUUUAAAACUGACUUUAAGGUGUUGCCUUUGGGUUGCUAUGAUAUUAUAUUAGGGAUGGAUUGGUUAGUCACUUUGGGAUCUAUGAACAUUGAUUGGGCUGCUAAGUGCAUGGAAUUCGCUAGAGCAGAUUCCUUGGUGACCAUUAAGGGAAUUCAGUCUCAAACUACUCAUUGUUCUUGUAUCAGUGGUGAUCAAUUGCAAGGCAUGUUUAAGUUGGGAUCCAUCAUGCAUGUUCUUCAUCUUCAGGAAGUUUCCACUGCCAAGUUAGGUCACAUUCCUCCUGAAAUUCAAUCUCUUCUUACUGAAUUUUCUGCCCUAUUUGAUGAUCCUCAAGGCCUGCCACCUAAGAGAGCUUGUGACCAUUCCAUUCCACUGAAAUCAGAUGCUAAACCUGUCUUCCUCAAACCUUAUCGUCAUAACCCUGCACAGAAAGAUGAAAUAGAGAAGCAGGUUAAGGAAAUGUUGUUGUCAGGGGUCAUUCAACCCAGCAAUAGUGCAUUUUCUUCCCCAGCAUUGUUAGUUAAGAAGAAGGAUGGUACCUGGCGCUUGUGCAUUGAUUAUAGACAGUUGAACUCCAUCACUGUGAAGGGUAAAUUUCCUAUGCCUGUUAUAGAUGAACUAUUGGAUGAAUUGUCUGGAUCCAAAGUUUUUUCCAAGCUGGACCUUAGGGCUAGUUAUCACCAGAUCAGAUUGGUGGAGGGUGAGGAGCACAAAACUGCUUUUCAAACUCACUCUGGACAUUAUGAAUAUCGUGUUAUGUCUUUUGGCCUUACUGGAGCUCCUGCAACAUUUCAAGGCGCCAUGAAUGAUACUUUGGCUCCUGUGUUAAGGAAGUUUGCUCUUGUGUUUUUUGAUGAUAUACUUGUAUGCAGCCCUGAUUUAGUUUCUCAUGUCCACCAUCUUCGACAAGUUCUGCAGUUGUUGACUAAGCAUCAGUGGAAAGUUAAAUUGUCUAAAUGUUCUUUUGCUCAACAUCAAUUGUCAUAUUUAGGUCAUAUUAUCAGUGAUCAAGGAGUCACUACUGAUCCUGCUAAGAUUGAGGAAGUGGUUAAUUAGGCAGUUCCAAAAUCUGUCAAAAAGCUCAGGGGAUUUUUGGGUUUGGCAGGUUAUUAUAGGAAGUUUGUCAAGCAAUUUGGGAUCCUUUGCAGGCCUUUGACCAACCUGUUAAAGAAGGAUGUUCCUUUUGUCUGGUCUGUGGAGGCUGAUCAGGCUUUCAAGGCUCUUAAGCAAGCUUUGGUAUCUGCUCCUGUGUUAUCUCUUCCUGAUUUUUCUUUGCCUUUCACUGUUGAGACUGAUGCUAGUGAUGAAGGUAUUGGUGUUGUGUUAUCUCAGCAUGGUCAUCCGAUUGCCUUUCUUAGUAAGGCCUUGGGGGGUUAAAACUAAGGGUCUUUCCACUUAUGAAAAGGAGUAUUUGGCUAUUUUAUUAGCUGUGGACCAUUGGAGAUCUUACCUGCAGCAGCAAGAGUUUGUCAUUUUAACUGAUCACCAUAGUUUAAUGCACUUGAAUGAACAAAGGCUGCACACCCCUUGGCAACACAAAGCUUUUACUAAGUUGUUGGGCCUUCAGUUUAAGAUUUGCUACAGGAAGGGAUCCAGUAAUGCUGCAGCUGAUGCACUUUCUUGAAGAGUUAUCUGAACUACAUGUGGUUUCCAGUUGCAGUCCUGUAUGGCUUCAGGAGGUUUCUGAUGGUUAUCUUCAAGAUGCCUUUUCUACUCAACUUUUGACUGACUUGACUCUUAAUGCUGAGUCUCGGCCCAAUUUUUCUUUGUGUAAUGGUGUCCUUCGCUUUAAAGGCAAAGUCUGGAUAGGUAACAAUCCAUCUGUGCAGGAUAAGAUUAUCUCUGCGUUGCACAGUAGUCCUUUGGGGGGGCACUCUGGUUUUCCUGUUACUUAUAGUAAAAUCAAGUCUCUUUUUGCUUGGCCCAAGAUGAAGAAACAGAUUCAUACUACUGUCAAGACAUGUGGUAUUUGCAUGCAGGCCAAACCAGAUCGCUCUAAAUACCCUGGUCUUCUUCAGCCCCUUCCUGUCCCUGAUGGUGCAUGGCAGAUUAUCACCAUGGACUUUAUUGAAGGUUUGCCUAAGUCUGGUCAAUUCAACUGUAUUUUAGUGGUGGUUGACAAGUUUUCCAAGUACUCUCAUUUCCUUCCAUUGUCCCAUCCUUUUUCUGCUAUUGAUGUGGCUCAAUCUUUUAUGGUCAAUGUUUACAAGUUACAUGGGUUACCUAAGUUCAUCAUUUCAGACCGCGACAAGAUUUUUACUAGCCACUUUUGGGAGCAGUUGUUUUUGAGAUCCAGCACACAAUUGCAACUAAGCACCGCUUAUCACCCCUAGACAGACGGACAAACUGAGCGUGUGAACCAAUGUUUGGAAAUAUAUCUGCGAUGUUUUGUUCAUGCUGUUCCUCAUAAAUGGAGUUCUUGGUUGUAUUUAGCAGAAUUUUGGUUUAACACUUCUUACCAUUCUGCCAUUCUUCAGUCUCCAUUUGAAGCUCUCUAUGGCUAUCCUCCUGGUCAUUUUGGUAUAAGGGAUGAUGCCUGCUCAGUACCUGAUUUGCAUGAGUGGUUAAAUGAACGUAAGGUGAUGACUCAGUUACUGAAACAACACCUGAAUCGUGCCCAGCAACAAAUGAAGCUGUAUGCAGACAAAAAGCGCAGUUUCAGAGAAUUUUCUGAUGGAGAUUGGGUCUACUUGAAAUUGCAACCUUAUAUUCAGUCCUCUGUGGCAAAAAGAGCAAAUCAUAAACUAUCAUUCCGUUAUUUUGGUCCUUUUCAAGUUUUACAUCGGGUGGGCAAGGUGGCUUAUAAGUUGUCUCUUCCUGCAGAGAGCUCCAUUCACCCUGUUUUUCAUGUUUCACAGCUUAAGCAUGCUGUUGGGUUCAGGCAUUCUGUUCAACCGUGUUUGCCUGCAUGUUCUGACCUUAAAGUUUCAGUGGUUAUCUUGGCUUCUCGUCAGAUCAGGAAAGGUAACUCUGUGAAAGCUCAAGUUUUAAUUCGGUGGUCUAGAAAUGUUGCAGGACAGGAAACUUGGGAGGAUCAAGUUGAGUUGUGUCAGCGUUUUCCUAAUGCCUUGGCUUGGGGUCAAGCCACUUCUCAAGGAGAGGGGGUUGUCAGCAGCACAGCUAUACCGGAUGAGCUACAGAACACUGUCAAGACCAAGGAGGUUAAGCAGACUAAGGAAGGAAGACCUGUUAGGCACCGAGUAUGUAAUCCUAGAGUGAGUGGGCCGGAAUGGGCCAUAUGAGCACCAUGUCCAGGCUGUCGAUAGUUGCGUGUGAGAGAGAGAGCAUCUUAAAACUAACUCUGUAUUCAUUUGGAUGAGUUGAGGAUGAACUAGGCGGCGAAGGCGGCGGCGGCAUCAACCCUGUCGGGUUGGUGAAAUCCA